GAGAUCGAGAAGUAUUUUGAGGAGUUCUGGGAGGCAGUACCUGCUGAGGAUAAAGAUUGGUUAAAAGAAUCUCUUAAAGACCGUACAUAUGCAGUGGGUUUAGUUAAACUAAAUAAUAACACGAAAAGAAAUCUGGAUUCAAUGACAAAGUCCAUAGUUGAACUAUUUACAAAUAAGAACAAUACAAAAAUUGAGUUGGCUUCUUCAUGGGCUUUAAUGGAGCAGUUAUUAUAUGAAGGAGCCUGGAAGGUUUUGCCCCUGAGUGAAAUUUGGAAUCUCAAUGCAUCCCUUCCUGUUGAAUACCAAAUUAAAAGUGAUGAGGAAAUGUCUAUGUUUUUAAAAUGUUUCCAUGACAAUGGCCUUCUUUUAUAUUAUGAUGAAGAGAAAUUGAGGAAGCAUACAAUACUAGACAUUCAGUGGUUUGCUAAAGCUUUCAGCAAGAUUAUUGCUGAUAAAAACCAUAUCAAUGAAGACUGCAAAACGAGAUUAAUAACAGAAUGGAAAUCCUUUAACAAAACAGGGGAACUUAAAGAUAAAGUGAUAGAUGCUCUAUGGAAAGAUGAACCAUCGUACCUGGAACACAAGAGUGAAAUAAUGUCUUACAUGGAGAAGCUUCAAAUGCUGGUACCUUUGGACUCUUUUGAGGCUGUAUCAGAAGGCGACAUGUCAUGGUAUGUCCCAUGUAUGAACAAAAAGCAGUUUAAAGCGGACUUCUGUGAAGAUAAAUGGGAAUGCUCCUCCAUUUUAUGCUUUCGGUUCUCUUCUUUUGCAAUGUUUGUGUUCUACAGACUGGUAGCAUACUGCAUGAGCUCUCUAAAAUGGAGUGUUUCAAAGGACGAAGAUAAUGAAAGAAGUCCUUGUCUUUAUCAAACAGCAGCAGUGUUUGAUCACAAUGAACACACUGUUGUUGUUGGCAUAUGCAAUGACGAUAUCCAGUUGCAAGUAUUGAGAAUCACACCAUUGACUAUAGACAAAUACGUUUCAAAUGAAAUUGGAGAAUCCAUUGAAAAAGCCAUUGAAAAACUGACAGAAACAUUUAUUGGCACAAAUAUAUUCCAAAGAGGAUUCAAAUGCCAAAACAUUAUUUGUGAUGAGAAAGAUUUAUCUUUCACCCUUGCUGGUGAUCUCUCCAAAAUAAAAAGUGAAGAAAUACAGUGCAAAUGUUCACUACAGGAAAAACACGUCAUAAAAGUACAAAAGACUCUGAGUUUCUGGGAAAAGAGAAAGGUGAGUGAUUCCAGUACUCCAGCGGCUUCUGGUGGACAAGACCUCGGAGGUCGAUCAAGAUUUGCAAAACUGGGAAUGGCAAUGAACGACGUGUUAAAUCAGGCGUACAGGGAUAUUCUAGAGAAGGAGGUGCUCCCAUCUGAUAUUGAGACCAAAGCUAAAAAAUCUCCAGUUUAUAAAAGAUUGCGCCCAGAGCAAGAACAUCUCUUGCUAGAUGCUAAGCAUUCGGGAUAUAAGAACUUUGACAUUUCUUUAACAUACACGUUGAUCAGAAACAUUAGCUCAACAAUCCCUAAACCAACAAAAGGAAAAUGGGGAGAAGAGCCUGCAACAGGAGAGGAGACAGUGGGUGAUGAUGUCGAGAGAAUUAGGUUCAUCCGAAACGGUUUGACAGCACACGUGAGUUCCGCCUCCAUCCCUCAAGCAGAGUUCGAUGACAUAUGGUCAACCAUGUCGGAUAUCUGCCAAAGACUAGAAACCUUCACUGGAAAGAAAUACUUGGAUAAGAUUAAGGAUAUUAAAACACUUACCUUGAAAAAGGAAGAUGAGGAUGCUAUUAUAAAAAAUAAAAUGCAAGAAUUUGCUAAGACAAUGAAAUCAAAUAUGCUAGAAAUUGAAACAAUGCUCAAUCUUAACUGAGAUCUACAAAUCAAUAGUAAUGGGUGUGGAUCUGUGUAGAUUGCUUAAGAAUAGUUAUUGUAACCUGAAAUAGAAUUCACAUUCAAGUUUGAAUGAAUGUGUUCAAGGACUUUGAUAUUUGGAAAUCAGAUUUCUCAAAAUCUUAAUUUAAAGUGUAAAACACCGGGUUAAGAAAAUCACAGUUGUUGAUCUACCAAUUUCAAUGAAUUCAAACCUUGGUGAAAAUUGUAUUUAUAUAUACUCAAUGGAUCCUCUUAAAAGGCAUCGAUAACAAAAUGAAUUUGCGAUGAUCAUUGAAAAUCCAAAGAACAAUUAACCUGUCCGUGAAAUAUGAAAAUAACAAACAAAAUUAAAUCUCAAAAUCUAUUGAAAUACAGUGUAAUACAGAAUCUGAGUAAAGCAAACAUGGCCCCCUAAAAGAAAUGUUGGGAUAGGUGCCAUGGAGGAUUAAGUAUACCAUGUUGACCGGUCCCAAGAGUCGUACGCUGCCUAUCAAUUACUGCAACAAAUCAUCAGUCUGCAUUCGACUUGGUGAAAGAUUCUAUCAAUAUUUCAUAAGGGAUUGUAAUCUGGACAAUUAUACAACUAGGAAAGUGUCUGAUUUAUUUUAAGAAAUUGUGUACCAAAUACCCAGGUUAUUAUUCCUUAUACUAAUAAAAAAGUACUUGUUUACUUAGGGACAGUCACUUAACUCAUUAUCUAAUGCGUGGUUGCAUUUUUGAUACACGUAUUAAUUUUUGAUCUACUUGUUUCAUAUUUUGUUUGCUUUUUGCUCAUUACAUUAUUGGAUAAUAAUAAAUUUCAAGUUGAUUUGAUAUACUUUUUGAUUGUAAAAUGAUAAUGUAUCUAAAAUGUAUAGAUCUUCAACUUACUACACAUGUAUGUUGGAGCAUAGAAUUCAGAAAGAUUUUGACAUGAAUGAAAAUUGUAGUUAAACUACAGUGAAUAUUAUGUAGUCAAAUCAAUGUUUUAUUUUGUUCUACCUACAUGUAGUUAAUCCUUUUUCUGAUCAUGAGGCUUGGGGGAGUAGUCAUCCAUGUGUUUGUAUAUAAAAAAAGUCAUUCGUUAUUUUCUGACUGAUUUAUAAAUAACAAAAUAGAAGCAAACAAGGUCUUCAUGAAAUAAAUAUUGCAUUGUAAUUGAACACGUGCUCGAUGAAGUAUGAAGUGUAGUAUAAUAUUAUGCCACAAUGCAUGUAUAAAUGAAAAUUUACCUGUGCACAAACAAGUUUAUUUCUUUUUAUUUUUUUCAAAAUGAUUAAGUGUAUUUCCAGCUCCUGAGUAUUGAAUAUUUUCUUAGCUUAUUUACCACAUA